UAUGUGCAUUAUUGUUGAGGCCAUGCAGCGAUAAGAGUACAAUGUCACGGGCUGAGAGUCUGGCACAGUACACGGCGCCCGUGCGGCGUCCAUCCGUGACAACAAGCUAACAUUUUAUAUGGAGUAGCAAGGAGAUGUAUUUCUAUAGAAAAAGAAUGCGAUUGGACGAAGAAGAAACAAUGGAAAUCAACAGCACCGAAAAGGUGUGACCAGAAGACUCUUCAUUUUUUUGUGGCAAUGAUCAUGGAGACACAUCCAUCUAAAUACGUGGCAACAAAAAAUAUUCUGUACACAAGUAGGACUUCAACUCUGAACGUAAGACGGCUUCAUACAAUUAAAGCAAAAUCUGUCAUAUCUUAUUUUAAGAUCGAGGCACGGUUAUGUCCUCAUUUUGAUAACGUAAUACUUUCUAGAAUGUGGUGGGGAAAGAGAGGAAUAGGGUUUCAUCGUCGUUCAUUCAAUGGAUAAGUGACCACCAUAUAUAUAACAUGCCUCCCCACUUAAUCUAUAAAUAGAGAUCAGUGAGGGCUAGUUUGGUGUCUGUUCAACCCUUGUCAAACAUGUCUAUGUCUUCCUCUGAGUCUGAUCAUCACCAUAGGGAAUUCAUGGAACUGGUUAUUGUUCCAACCAAUCCAUUCACAAAGACUAAAGAAGCAGACGAAGGAGAGAGUGUGAGGAAGCUAUUGCCUACUGACUCAUCCAACUCGAUCCCGCCGUUCCCAUAUGAUGAUCCUCCUCUCUCUGAAUCUGCUCCUUCUCCCACAGCUCCAAACCACCAAGUUCAAAUCCAAAUCCCAGAACCCAACCCGCAACCUGAUGAUGCCGACCUGACCCACCCGGUGCUGGAGAUAAUUGAGAGUCAAGAGCUUGGAAAGGCUAUAAUUGUGAUGGCUGUGCCCAUGUUGAUGGGUCUAUUCACUGCUUAUCAGUAUUUCACCAGCACUGUGGAGAUGAGCGUGGUUGUGAUCAGCCUCUGUCUUGCUUUUGCUUCCAUCUUGAAUGGAAUCCUCUCGAGAAAGACCUGUCCCAAGUUAUCGAUUCUCCUUCUCAUGUCAGGAAUCGUCUUGAUGAUCCUGGCUUUCUAUGCCUAUUCGGGUAUCAUUUUACCCGUCUACCUCAAAUGGAUACCCGUUGCCUGUUUCUUCCUUUCUAUUUUACCACUUGCUCCAGUUUUUGUUGGCGUCAUCUACAGCAGGAGGAAGAAGGCCAACAAUUAAAAGUGAUCUUCAAAAGACACAUCCAUCUUAAGGAGGCAUAGCUAGAGAUUUAUGGUUAUAUGUAUCACAAAACCUAAACUAGUAGUCUCUAGUUAUAUAUUUGUUAUAUAAUCUGAACUUUGUAAAGGUGAGCAGAUAGCAUACUUUUGUGUAUAUGUGGAGUUACCGUAACGAUUAUCAUACUAUUUGUGUUAUGAUAUAAAUAUUAAAUAAGAUUUAGUAGAUAUUGUUAUGAUA